GGCAGCUGCCGGAGUAGACUGGACCAGCCAGAGGUUGUAAGAAAUUACUUAUUUAGAUGAUUGAUGACGAGAUAGACUUCUUCUAGCAAGAAGUAUUCAAGAUGUGGUGUUCUUUCUGUCUCUGCCUUGUAGAGGGAAAGUUCCCGUUGUUAUAGAAACACAAGUGCCUCCCCGCUUCAGCUUCACUUUCUUUUUUUACUUUUUUUUUUUUUUCUUCGCCUCACCACCUCACCAUCUGGUGGAUCUUGUCGAUCUAUCCAGAUCCAUUUAUUCAUCCAUCAUUCCAUACUGUAUCGCUCCUUUUUCACUUCAGUAAUAUCACAGCAGGGCACCCCGACUCCACCAUGCCUGGUUCUCUCUUUCUCGACUCCCCCGUUCCCCCUAAGCUCGACCUCGCCGGCGCUCGAUCCCAACUCUUCCAGGUUCCGCAAACGCCGUCUGCGUCUACUUCUCUUUAUCGCUCCAUCUCAUUCCCUCGCAAACGAACUCGCUAUGAGUCUGAAAAGCGCCGUAUGUCCGAGUCGCACGCCGAUUUAACCAGUCCUGCGCCACUUGUCAGCACCGAUUAUCGCCUCGCAGGUGGUGGUCUUGAUUUUCAACAACACGCCUGGCGCGAGCCGCAUGAAGUCUCUGCCGAGCUCGACUAUCGUCCCAGUCGCUAUCGGGAAGCGCCUCUUAUUUCUCAGGUCGAUGGUAGUGUCGAGUCGCUGCCGUCUAGAGAGAUAGAUGAGAAUCAAAGUCGCAAGCGCACGCGACGAGACUCGUUUGCGACCACGGCACUCCCGGAUGAAAAAGAACAGCCUCAACCAGGGGGUUCCGGCUGGGGCCGAACCGUGAUCAAUGCAGUUGGUAAGGUUUUGGACUUUUGCUGGUCCGGUGCUUUUGGGGGCUUCUAUGCGGGAGGAGGUCGGGGGUAUAAGAUGACGGCCGGACCGUCGCCGCAGAUCGAUAAACAUUCAUGGCAACAGGCGUCUGAAAAAGGAGAAAAUACUUCCGCAGACCGAGGCCAACGACAGGACAUGACGCCUAUUCCUGGGCAGUUCCCUUACGACGAUGAUGACAAGAACGAUAUCCAACAAAACUGGGUUGUGGUUUCGAAUAACACACAGGACUUCUUGGGAAAUGAUGCCAGUCCGUCUAUGACGACGAAGCGAGUCAAUCGAAGAAACAUCGGUCCAUCACAUACACGACGAAGGUCCGCAGUGAUGCCCCGACUGGGUAAGAGGACGGGUCAGUCGUCCAGCCGGCCAUCGACACCGAAAGCCCAGUCACCACCAACGAAAGCGCGAGAAAGUCCUGCAUCGGCUGAGACGCAACGACAUGUUGCCCAGAUGCGCCGCAUGGAGCGAGAAGAAGAUGCCAGCCUUCGUCGAUUGAACCGACAGCUCCAGGCGAUGAUCAAAGAGGGAAAGCAGGCGUUGGGGACGCGGAUCGAGGUGGACGAGUAUGACAUGGAGGAUUAGAGUGAGUGCUGCUGUAGCAAGCAAGAUCACUCUAGAUGGGAGGUGCUUUGCUGUUUAGAUAUUUGAUACCCCUGAAGAUGCGUUCGUUACUCUUGGUCUCUGACAGGGCAGAGCUCUCGUGUUUUAUUAUCCAAACUGGAUACUCUCGCUGAUUUGCACAUACUGUACAAUGUUUAUAUUAAUGCCGUUAUGUUUUAUGAUGGAGACAGGGAACUCUUGGACUUGUGGUUAGGAUACGUCUGUCAUGCUCUAUACGAUAUUGUUAUCAACGCUCCUUUUACAUUGCAGCAGCUGGAUAAACUCUGGCAUUCGUUUUAGUUCUCGGUUUAGUAUAGUUAGGGAAAUUGAGUCACUGCAUAAUAUGGUGUCAUCAAACAAUCAUUCAUUCACCAUCCUUGGCUUCUUCCUCGUCCUUAUCAGCCUCGGGCUUUUCCUCCCCCUUGCCUUCUUUCUCCUUUUCAUCUUCUUCUC